CCCACCACCGAAAAAUCUGUUCAUUCCGUUUUCACUACUGCAGGCCAAACGUUACGUACCACUCGUUCCGCAAAGGUUAAGGUGUUUUGUUUGUUUUGAGUGAACAUGGCUGACUCCAAGUUAUUUAUGAGCCCUGAUUUUUUAACAACAUUCAUUGAAGAGUAUCGAAAUUUGCCGUUUUUGUGGAAGGUACGAAGUGCGGAGUAUUCCAACAAGUUUAAACGGGAUACUGCCUGGGAACAUCUCCUCCAAAUUACGAAAGAAAAAAUUCCGAAUGCAGACACUAACUUUGUAAAAAGGAAAGUUGAUAACCUUAGGGCAGCAUUCAGGAAGGAAAUGAGGAAGGUUCGUGACAGCACGAGAAGCGGAGCUUCCGCAGAUGAUACGUACACCCCAACUCUGUGGUAUUUCGAGCUCAUGAAGUUCACCGCAGAGCAGGAGCAGCCUCGAAAGACCAAGAGCAAUUUGGACGAGGACGAAGAAAAUAUUAUUGAAGAGGAAGGCAGUAUUGUUGAGGAGGAAUUAAACGAAGGAGAUGUGAACAAUGGUGAUAACGAACAAACUUUGAAUAGGGGUUCUCCGUCUACAGCUGCAAAAAGAAGAAAAACUUCGCCAAAAAAGAAGAAAACCAAAAAUGAUAGAGCUGAAGAGGAACGGCGCCAGCGUAAGGCUAUUCUAGAAAAGGCUUCCGCUGUACUUAAUCAACCCGAGGACGACUACAACGACCUAGGCUCGGCGAGCCAGGCUCGCAAGCCAGACUCGCAGGUGUAUGGGGCCCUUUAG